UUAUCGGACGAAAUCAUUUUAGUAUUGAAUAAACAUGUACACCAGAGGUUUUCAAGAAGGCUAAUCCAUUAACACAAACGAGUGAAAAUGUAUGUCAUAUACACAAAGGAGUUAACAUAUAUGUCAUAUACCCAAACGAGUGAAAAUAUAUGUCAUAUACACAAAGGAGUGAAAAUAUAUGUCAUAUACACAAAGGAGUUAACAUAUAUGUCAUAUACACAAACGAGUGAAAAUAUAUGUCAUAUACACAAAGGAGUUAACAUAUAUGUCAUAUACACAAACGAGUGAAAAUAUAUGUCAUAUACACAAAGGAGUUAACAUAUAUGUCAUAUACCCAAACGAGUGAAAAUAUAUGUCAUAUACACAAAGGAGUUAACAUAUAUGUCAUAUACUCAAACGAGUGAAAAUAUAUGUCAUAUACACAAAGGAGUUAACAUAUAUGUCAUAUACCCAAACGAGUGAAAAUAUAUGUCAUAUACACAAACGCAUGAACAUAUAUGUCAUAUACACACACGAAUGAAAAUAUAUGUCAUAUACACACAUCAGUGAAUAUAUGUCAUAUACACAAACGCGUGAAAAUAUAUGUCAUAUAAACAAACGCAUGAAAAUAUACGUCAUAUAGACAAACGAGUGAAAAUAUAUGUUCAGCACUAAAUAUUUUCUCGGAACAUCGUUUUAGUUAUGAAAGUGUGAGUCUGCUCUUAACAGUAUAAUGGGUUCAUUCGUAGUGGACAAAAUUAAUUAUAUGUCCUCGUAACAAAUAUAUCACAAAAUAAAGCGUGUGUAUCGCAAACUGAUAACUGUUGUUAAUAUCAUGUGAGUUGUACGCAGAAAAAAUAAACAUGUUCGUUUUAAUCAGCGUUCUCUUACUUUGCUGGCCUAAUAUAGCGCAAGAUUGUACUGAACAUUAUUCACGAUUCGUAUUAGAAUCGCCAAUAUAUAGAUCUCUAUUAAGCAGCAAUUUGUCUACAUAAGACAACUGUAAGUGGACAGCUCAUAUCGACUAAUAUGUUUUCCGCCAGUGUUUGAUUGGUGAAUGAAUCAAAUGCGAUGCGAUGCAGCCAAUGCGUGCAACAUAUUAGACGGAUGUAAAACGAAUGCCAGAUCAAGUGAAAACCAUGCCAGAAUGAGCAUAGAAGACACGUCAUUAACUGUAUCAGCGUUAUUAUGGAGGCGUAGAUGUCACACCUGCUGAUGAGCGCGAGCUCCAAACUGAGGCUACCUAGAGGCGACUCUCCACUAAAUCUUAGCCUCAGCAAGUACGAGAGCCACACGUGCGAGCGCUUCGUUCAGUCGGAAGAUCUCCGGAGCGAGACGCUAGAUGCUACAGACGACGAUGGGACGACAGGUUCUAACAGAUGUGACAGUAUUUGCAUCAAACGUAAUGCAGAAACCGCACCUCGCUUUCUUCAGUUUUCCAUUGACGCCAUCUUGCAAGAUACCAAACAGAGUCCACCCGGAUAUUCCAGUCACGCAGUGGCGACCAGUGCGCUCUCCCCAAAUUUUGAACUUACAAACAGCGGUUGCCAAAGUAGCCGGGUGGAACUUCCGGUAUGUGAUGUGUUCUGGUGUCAUGUGUGCAACGCCUUCUAUUUGGACGAUAUCGACGCUAAGAACCACCAUACUUUACACUGUGUGAAGGGCGACAAGUGCAAUCUCCGGAAGUCGCUGCUCGUCGCGCAUGGCUGCGUCUCGCGCAACGCUCGCUUGAACGAGGAGAAAAUCCACUGCAGUCUCUGUGACAAGUCGGUGUCUCAAUGCUUCUUCAUCAAAUACCAGCGUCUCCACGACGGUCAUAUUUGUGACGUCUGCCGGAAGGAGUUCUCCACCAACAGCCGCCUGAAGGAUCACAUGAACGUCCACUUGGGAGCGAUGCCGUUCUCAUGCACAAUGUGCGAUCGGAACUUCUCCAAGAGAUCUUCCCUGACACAACAAAACUGCUACCACAGGGAUCAUUGAAGUUUUAAGUGCGGCUACUGCUCCAAGAAGUUUAACAGCAAGUACGCAUGCGCAGUUCACGAGAGACUCCACACGGGAGAUAACCAAUUUUGGUAUCCGGUGGCAGGGUGCGACAAGAGUUAUCCCCAGAAGAUCCAACUGAAACUUCAUUUGUGCUCGCACAAAUAGACAUGGUGACUAUUGUAUUAGCGGGAUUAUAUCUUUUACAUGUUAAUACUAUUUAUGACAUGCUUUACGCUACAUAUGCCUUGAAAUGCAUUAUUUGUUUGAAUGCAUGCUGCUAUGUUUGACAUUGCUAGUGGAUAUACA